UGGGAGCCAAAAUGAAGCCCCCUCCUCGUUCCUUGCUCCAGAUGCCCGCCUCUCUACCUAUUUUCAGAGAAGUGAAAGUUAAGCCUCUACAUCUUUUCACUCAGCCGUCCACGCCGCGUUUCUAUCCUCUCUGCUUUAAAAAGUGUGUUCGUGGCAAGCUCUGUAACUUACAGACAUGGCUUACCAACCCCCGCCAACUCAGGUUGUGAUGGUCAGUCAUGGUCCUGGCUCAUGGAGCACGAGCCUCUGCGACUGCUGCACCGAUAUGGGCACCUGUUGCUGUGGGUUGUGGUGUUUCCCCUGCAUGCAGUGUCAGACUGCCAGUAAACACGGAUGGUGCUUCUGCAUGCCUCUCCUGGACGUCUGCGGCGUGGUGUCCUGCAUGCUUCGCUCCAGUAUUAGAGAACGCCACAACAUACCGGGCUCAUGCUGCGACGACUGCUGCAAUGUAAUGUGGUGCUACCCCUGUGUGUGGUGCCAGAUGAACCGAGAGUUGAAGAUCAGGGCCCAACACCAGUCCAGCACCACCGUGGUCACCACUCAGGUCGGCAGGAUGUAGGCUGCAGACUUGGUGGCAGUCCGUCGAUUUCACACGACAGUCUGCAAACAGUUCACUGCAUUCAAUUUGUUUUUUUGUUAUUUUGGCAUCUUUCAAUGUUGGUCAUCUAAGUUUCUUUUGAUACAGUAUUAGGGCAAAGACAAGCAUUUUUUUCACCCCAUAUAUCAAUAUGGAUAAAAUUUUUUUUUACCAGACCAUCAUUGCUUUCUUUUUUUAACGUUGUGUGUAAGGAGUAGAUUUCUAGAUACGUUUUCACUGAUGUUAGGAUACUUAGCAGCUUUGUUGUUUCAUUGACAAGUUUGAUACUCUUCCGAUCUUUGUUCCCUAAUAAAAUGCUUCCUGCUAAACACAA